AUGCUCAAAUAUCGUUAUUUGUCUCGUUCCAUUCGUUUAUGUUCUUCAAUUGCUGGAACUACUGCAACAACAAUAACACCACCAAAAAAUCCCCCAAUUUUGACUUAUCCUAGCGAAGAAUUUAUCAAAAAAUUUCCAAAGCAACGAAUAUCUGAUUUAAUUGCUGAAAUUGAGAUUUUCUAUAAAUUCUCUCAACAUUUACCAACCCAUCUAACUGAUGAUAAUUGGCAAAAAUUGAUGGAUGCUACCAGUUUGGAGGAAAAGGAAGAAUUUUUGUUUCAUCUUUCGAAUAAUGAAGUGGUUAUAAAGGUUCGAAUAAAGAUUUUUGGUGAUUUUUAA